CUUCGAGCGCGUGUUCAACUAAAUUCAGUCAGAUAUUAAAACCUUGACUUCCGUGUCAUCACGCAUCUUAUUUGGAGCCGUUUCAGAGACAGAUGCGAGUCUCUCACGGCUUUCAGUCUACAUGAGGUUUGAGUUCUAGACGAUUGCACGUAUUUGGUGACGACAUGGAUUGCGAAUGCGACGGUAUCGGACAGUCGAACGCCAUCCUCUUCAACAUCCUCAGCCGAGGCGGCUCGACUCCGAGCGAGCCGAGCUACAAGAGGGUUCCUCACACAUGCCACUGUGAGAAGCGCAGGACGGUUUGUCUGAAGACUCCCAGCGAGACGUGUCAGGUGGCUUCAGACGUGCUGGUGAAGACCGUGCACUUCAUGAAGAGUUUGCCGGCGUUCCAGCAGCUGCCUCCUAAAGACCAGCUGUCUCUGCUGCAGAACUGCUGGGCUCCGCUCUUCAUUCUGGGUCUGGCUCAGGACCGGGUUCACUUCGAGGUCCACGACUCUCCCGCUCCAAGCAUGCUGAAGAGAAUCCUGCUCAACGGCCGAGAGACGCUGAGCUCUGAUCCAGAGCAGCCCACGCUGACCGGCGUACAGACGCUCAAAGAAGUUCUCAAGAAGUUCUGGAGUCUGGAUUUAAGCCCCAAGGAGUACGCUUAUCUGAAAGGCACUGUGAUAUUCAAUCCAGAUGUGCCGGGUCUGAAGGCGUCUCUGUUCAUCGAGGGUCUGCAGUAUGAAGCUCAGCAUGCUCUCAAGGAGGUCCUUGUCCCUCUUCAUCCAGAGGAUCGAGGGCGCUUUGCCCGAAUCCUCCUCACCGCGUCCGCUUUAAAGACCAUCACUCCGAGUCUCAUCACAGAGCUCUUCUUUCGGCCGGUCAUCGGUCAGGCAGAUCUGUUAGACUUGUUGAUCGACAUGCUUUUCUCGAGGUAGUGACCCAAAGACUCACGGACUGCUUGAAUUCGAACUUUCCCUAGAGCAUUAUCUUCUCCAGUGUUCAUGGGAAAACUGAGGUGUGAUCGCUGGAUGAAAAGGGUUACGUCUGAUAUAUUUGACAAGUUACAGUCUUCAGCACAUCUUUAUUGUUUACACUGUUUAAUGAAAUUACUGCACCUUUGUAAUGGUAUUUAGGUCACAAGUUUGUGAUUUACUGAUUGUUGCCCUUUUUUGCACCUACGGGAGGUUCGUGUAUGGUCUCUGUGAGAAAGUUAAAGGAAAACAUUUGUAUGUUCAUAAAUAUACUGCAUUUAAAUCUU